UAGAAUAUUUUUAACGGUUGAAACUGAAAACUUCGAAGUGAGAUUUUUAUUAAUUUAGUAGUAAUUUAUAGUUUUAACGAUGUCCACGUUAUCAGCAUUAGCUAAGUUUGAUGACUUGAUGAGAUGCCAAAAGGAACUGAGUGGAGGUGGUGCUGAAGAAAAGUUCCUGAUAUAUCUCCAUCAAUUUGAAUUAAUUAAGCAUGAUUAUCAGCGAAUGGUUGAUGAAGCACAAGACAUUCAGGGGAAAUUAGAUUUACAGACCCAACAAACAAUCUCAAUUGAACGAAAAUUAAAUUAUGCUCGUAAAAUGCUUGAAACGGAAAGAAAAGCAAGGCGAGAUGCCGAAAAUGAGAAGGUACAACUUGAAACAAAACUCGAUUCGUUGAGAACAUUGUUGAUUAACGAUAAUACGAUGAAAGAUGAGACACGAAAACACUUACAAGUAUUAAGUACAUUUGCUAAAAAGCGUAAAUCAAAUCAUCAAAUUGACGAGGAAGAAUUUAAUGACAUUAACUCAACUGGAUCUUUCCUGUCCGACUUAUCACUCACUCAAUCUGGUGAUGAUAUUCUUGAUCCAAAACCUAUUGCACACGGUCCACAAAAAUGGAAGAAACAUCGUCCUUCACUUAAUAACAGUAACAUCCUUAAUGUCAGCAAUAAGAAUCGUUUGAGUAGCGAUAAACGUCGCAGCACUAGGCUGAGCAUAAUGGAUUUUGGACCUAAUGAUAAAAUUGUAACGCAAACUAAAUUGACAAUUCCUGCAAAUAAAUAUGCACCGAUUAUUGCUGAGGCAUCAAUUGAACCAGUUCCAAUGACAUCAUCUGAUGAAGAUUUUAAGCAGUAUUAUGGAUCAACACCACAACCUAAGAAUAUCAUCCAGAAAGAAGAAUUUAAGACACCAAUGAAGACGCCAACGCCCAUAAUUCAUAAUUUACCAAAACAAAAAUACUUUACCCCAACAGCACCAACUUUACAUGAGAUUAAUAAUCUUCAUGAGGAACUUUAUGCUACGGUUAAGAAGAAGACAGCAACAAUUAGCGGAAAACCACAUCAUUUUUCAUCCAAGACAUUCCUUAAACCUGAAUCAUGUGGAUUUUGCUCGAAGAAAAUUCGAUUUGGUUCUGUUGCUUUAAAAUGCUCUGAAUGUCGAACAUGCAUUCAUCAAGAUUGUCGCGAAAAGUUUACCAUUGCAUGCUUACCACAAAAUACAACACCAAAUGCUGUAAAGACACCGAGAUUCUUAGGAACAAUCUCUGAAUAUAGUCCAAGUAUUGCUCCUAUGGUUCCCGCAUUAAUUGUACAUUGUGUUAAUGAGAUUGAAACGAGAGGAUUAAAUGAAGCUGGUCUAUAUCGUGUUAGUGGAAGUGAUCGUGAUGUUAAGGCUUUAAAGGAACGAUUCUUGAAGAAUAAUGGCAUCCCUAAUUUACAAGAGAUUGAUGUUCAUGUACUCUGUGGUUGUGUUAAAGACUUUUUACGUUCUCUAAGUGAGCCAUUAAUUCCUUUAGCUUUAUGGACUACAUUCUCGAAUGCAGCACAAACAAUUCCAACUGAUGAUGACGAAAAUGUCAAUAAGGAUGUUUAUCGUGCUGUCGAAAGACUCCCACAACCUAAUCGUGACACAUUAGCCUUCCUUAUUCUCCACUUCCAGCGAAUUGCUGAAUAUCCUGAAGUCAAAAUGCCUUUAACGAACUUUGCUAAAAUUUUUGGACCUACAAUUGUUGGAUAUUCAUCAGUCAAUCCAGAUCAGCAUACAGUUUUUGCUGAAACUCAAAUUCAAUAUUCUGUCAUGUUUAGCCUGCUCAGCAUACCUACUGAAUAUUGGAGUAAAUUCAUAGUUCUCGAUCAGUUCACAGCACAAGAACAGAAAAAGGCAAUCGAUAAUUAUGGCAGUAAAUUCUAUUCAGAUGAUUUUGUAGGCACACCAUCAUUUAAGUUUACGCGCAAAGAUCGCAAAUUCUACAAUACACCGCCAUACUCGGCAAACUCAAAGAAGAAGAAGUAAAAGCUGAGCUGGUUUUAUUUUAACAUGUACGCUUUUUAUUAAGGUUGGCACAUAAGCUAAGGCACUUACUUAUAACACUUAUUUCUUUUUUUAAUUUUCAUUACUUAAAAAUCUUUAUAAAAUUUCUGAAUGACUUAAAAUAUGUAUCAGUUGUAACCUUGACUUACUUAAGAGCAUAACAUACAAAACAUUGAUGUAUUAAUUGUUUACUUAUAAAGAUGUACCGAAUAAAGAUUUCUCUUGGAUCAUUAACAUAAUCUUCAUGUUUAAACUUUAUGAUGAUAAAUAAUCAAGAGUAUUGUCAUAGUUUCAGCACUUCCAGUUGUCAAACUUAUUGAUCCUCGAUCAUUUUCAUUCGAAUCUGCAUGUCCGACAUGAUUUGUUCCAACAAGUUUAGACGUGACAUUAUGUCUCCAUUUCCAUCCUUUUGUUCUUCUAUUGCUUUGAUUUUAUUUUGGAGUUCUGCACAGUGAUUUUUGAGGUGAAAUAUUUCCUUUUUGAGUGACAUAAUUUCAAGCUUGGAUUCAUCAAUUUCACAUCCAUCGACUGUCUUUUGACAUUUUUUCAGAAUUUCCUCAAGCAAUUCAUUCAGUUGUUCUUUAUUUCCACUCAAAUAAUUUUUGUCAAUGCAAGUAUUUUCGCAGAAAUUGGCAUCACUCAGGUUCUUUAAAGGCUUGAAAACGUCACUGCUAAUGAACUUUAAUUUAUUUUUAUGCAAGCUAAGAAACUUUAGUCCUUGACAGUUUUCAAAGACAUCUGCAUCUAGUGACACUAUAUUAUUCUCAGGCAACCACAAACCUUUCAAAUGUUCCAAUCCAAAAAGAUCCCGUUUAGUCAAGCUUGUUAAUCCACAUCUACGAAUCUGUAGAUAUAUCAAAUUUGGAAAGACCUUAGUCAGUCCGAAAGGGAUUUUUUUCAAAUUUUUAAUGUUGUCAAUCAUUAAGCCACGAACAUCCAAGUUGGUCAUUAGUUCCUGAUGAUUGCCAAUUAUUUCAAUCGAGUUUAAUGCUGGACUAUAUAUUAUAUUCUUCACUCUACAAGUAUAUCCAGACUCGUUCUUUCCAUGGCUAUGAAAUGUGAAGUUUUGAAUUUGAAAUUGACAUUCAAGUUCCAUCGCUAAUCUACUGGAU